AUGGCCGCCAACGCUGCUCCCGGCGCUGUUGACCAGCUCGCCAACGACCUCAACAACACCUCUCUCAACGGAAGCGAGGCCAAUGCCCCUGCCGUCGACACUGGUGUCACUGCUGCCGCUGACGAUGCUGCCGCUCCUACCCCCACCACCACUGCUCCUCACCCCCAGAACUCGGCUUCCCUCUACGUUGGCGAGCUUGACCCCUCCGUCACCGAGGCUAUGCUGUUCGAGCUUUUCUCCCAGAUUGGUGCUGUUGCUUCCAUUCGUGUCUGCCGUGAUGCCGUCACCCGUCGCUCUCUCGGCUAUGCCUACGUCAACUACAAUGCCACUCCUGAUGGCGAGAAGGCUCUUGAGGAGCUCAACUACACCAUCAUCAAGGGCCGCCCCUGCCGUAUCAUGUGGUCCCAGCGUGAUCCUGCCCUUCGCAAGACUGGCCAGGGUAACGUUUUCAUCAAGAACCUCGAUGUUGCCAUCGACAACAAGGCUCUCCACGACACCUUUGCUGCUUUCGGUAACAUCCUGAGCUGCAAGGUUGCCCAGGACGAGACUGGUGCCUCCAAGGGCUAUGGUUUCGUUCACUAUGAGACUGAUGAGGCCGCUUCCCAGGCCAUCAAGCACGUUAACGGUAUGCUUCUCAACGAGAAGAAGGUUUACGUCGGCCACCACAUUCCCAAGAAGGACCGCCAGAGCAAGUUUGAGGAGAUGAAGGCCAACUUCACCAACGUCUACGUCAAGAACAUUGCCGCUGACGUUACCGAGGAUGAUUUCCGCCAGCUCUUCGAGAAGUACGGCGAUGUCACUUCUUCCUCUCUGGCUCGUGACCAGGAGGGCAAGAGCCGUGGCUUCGGCUUUGUCAACUUCACCACCCACGAGAGUGCCUCCAAGGCUGUUGACGAGCUUAACAACAAGGAUUUCCACGGCCAAGACCUCUACGUUGGCCGAGCCCAGAAGAAGCACGAGCGCGAGGAGGAGCUCCGCAAGUCUUAUGAAGCUGCCCGCCUGGAGAAGGCCAACAAGUACCAGGGUGUUAACCUGUACAUCAAGAACCUUGACGACGACGAGCCCAAGGAGGAGUCCAAGGAUGAGACCAAGGAGGGCGAGGAGGACAAGAAGGCUGAGAAGAAGUCUGAUAAGAAGCUCGGUAAGAGCAAGGGCUUCGGUUUCGUCUGCUUCAGCAACCCUGAUGACGCAACCAAGGCUGUCGCUGAGAUGAACCAGCGCAUGUUCAACGGCAAGCCUCUGUACGUCGCUUUGGCCCAACGCAAGGAUGUCCGCAAGAGCCAGCUUGAGGCUAGUAUCCAGGCUCGCAACCAGAUCCGUAUGCAACAGGCUGUCGCCCACGCCGGUAUGCCCCAGCAGUACAUGCAGCCCCCUGUCUACUUCGCUCCUGGCCAACAGCCCGGCUUCAUGCCUCAGGGUGGUCGUGGCGUUCCCUUCCCCCAGGGUGGCAUGGGAAUGCCCCAGGGCCGUCCUGGACAGUUCCCCUACCCUCAGCAGGGUGGACGUGGUGGUGUUCCCCAGCAGAUGCCCCCCAACAUGUACGGUAUGCCUGGCCAGUUCCCUCCUGGAUACGGCCAACCCGGCACUCCUCAGUUCAUGGCUGCUAUGCAGGCUCAGCAGGCUGCUCUUGGCGGCCGUGGCGCUCCUCAAGGCGGCCGUGGUGGUCCUCAGGGUAUGCCUGGCAUGCCUCCCAUGGCUGGUAACAUGCCCGGCUUCCCCCCUAACAACAACCGCCAGGGUGGCCGAGGUGGACCUGGCCGCAACGGCAACGGACCUCAAGGUGGCCGUGGUGCCGAUGCUGCCGGACUCUCCAGUCUCCAGCAACAGCUUGCUUCCGCCCCUCCCCCUCAGCAGAAGCAGAUUCUGGGUGAGCUGAUCUUCCCCAAGAUCCAGGCCAUCAACGCCGACCUUGCCGGCAAGAUCACUGGUAUGCUUCUGGAGAUGGAAAACCCCGAGCUUGUCAACCUCAUUGAGGACGAAUCUGCUCUCAAGGCCAAGGUCGACGAGGCCCUCGCUGUCUACGACGAGUACGUCAAGACUCAGACCUCCGAAGGUGGUGAGGCCAAGAAGGAGGAGGAGACCAAGGCCUAAGCCGUCUCCGACUUGUCAUCAUUUCCUUUUUUCUAUUAUGGUUAUCUGACUGGGCAACCCCCUCAACUGGAAUGACGAAUGCCUCUACAAGGCAAUUUAUGGAACGAUCAGCAACGAAACAUGCUUUACGACCUUGUGUUACCCAAUAUGAGGGGGCGCAUUAUGUACAGAUAGACUUGGUUGCUAUUUCUUCUCAGGAAGGGAGAUUCAAAAGUUUGGGGACUUUAAGGUGGCUGGCUCUCGUCGCGAACCUUCGCUUGCUCACAGCAACGGCGUUGGCGCUUUCGAGAGAACCCACCAGGACGGCGUUGACGGUUUUCUGACACUCUGGCUGUUGGCCUAUACCCCCUACCAAUGGUCCUCGUUUGCAGGCACGAUCAACGCAGAGGUUUUAUGCGGUUAGGGUUUUUAAUGAAAGAUAUGUUAAAUUAUU